CGGUUACCACGGGGAAGCCAGAUCAGAGGGGCACUAUUGAAGGCGAUGCAUCUAGCCAGGAACUCGGGUUGUCUCUUUGGGUUAUGCCAAUGGCACUGUGGGGAGAGAACUGGAUAGGGCCCCGCUCGACGCUAAUGCAAGGUCGCUCCCGUUCGCGUCGACGGGUGCCACUGCUUGCCUCCGCGCCCGACCUCGCUGGUGAGAGUUAAGAAGGCGGCCGUCCCGAUGGCGCAUGACAACAAACAACACGCUCUGGUCUCGUCCGCCUGGCACAUGUCACCAUGCCUCUACACCUGCUCGGCAAGAAGUCAUGGAACGUAUACAAUUCCGACAACAUAGCGCGUGUCAAGGCCGACGAGGCUGCCGCUGCCGCACGCGAAGCCGCCGAUGAGCAGCGCAUGCAAGAGCUCGAUGCUGAACGACGUGCUGCCAUUCUCCGAGGUCGAACGCCCCCACCUUUGCCAGAAAGACAAGCCGGCAAGACGUCAGAAUCAAGGCGCUCAGGACACGCAGAUGAACGCGGACACAUCAGGAAAAGGAGGAAGCUCGCUGGGGAGGAUGAUACCGAUCUGGAUAUACGCAUGGCCAAGUCCGUCACGGCGCGACCUGAGCAUGACGACAAGGACGCUAGAGUCCUGAAGUUACGGAGCACUGCGAGUGAUGCCCCGUUGCAAGAUUAUGCCGGCCACAUUGACUUGUUUCCGGUAGACAUGAAAGACGCCCUCAAGCGUCAGAAAAACGCAGAAGCGGAACAGGAGAAGCGCAAGAAGGAAAAGGUCAUCGAGUCCCAGUUCACCAUGCGCUUCUCCAGUGCGGCAGGAAGGGACGGGGUCAGUCGACCCUGGUACGCUGCCGUACAUUCGCCCAAGCAGAGCGCUGGAGACAAGAAGGAAUUGUCAAUCUACGAAGGCUUCGUGAACAAGGACGUUUGGGGAAAUGAAGACCCGCGCCGUAAAGAAAGAGAGCAGGCCCGUAUAUCCACAAACGACCCCUUUGCCUUCAUGCAGAAGGCACAGGCACAAUUGAAGAAGUCCAAGCAGGACAGGAAACAAUGGGCCGAGGAGCGCAGUCGCGAAUUAAUGGAGCUACGAUCAGCUCAGGAACGCGAGGAUAGGCGGAGUAGACAUCUCAAGAGGAAGAGGCGAGACGUGGAAGACAGCGAGCAUGGCACUCCCAAGAAGGGCAGUGCGUCAUCGCGCCACAAGCAUCGCCACACAAGUCCUAGCCAUAGCCGUGACAAGCGUGAGCCUAGGACUUCCACGCACAGCCGUGACAGGCACGAGCAUCGGGAGUCGCAUCGCAGCGGCGAGCGACGAGCCCAAAGCAAGAGUAGAGAGCGCGCUGGUGAUCGUCACACCCAUCGUCACCAGCGGACCGAAGAUUUUGAGACGGCUUUUAUAUGAGAACGAAGACAUCGGGUACCAAUAGUCUUACAUCCAAAUGGACCAUCCAUGCGACCAAUGUUGCGUUUGCUCAUUCUCUAACCUGCUUUUUUUGUGACCCUAUGUCUGACAGUGAACCCGUCGGUUA